UUUCAUUGUAGCAGAAGAAGAACAGGAAGAAGCAGAGGCAGAACCAGAAGAAGAAGAAGAGGUAUGUGCUGCUUUAGCGUCUGUAGAUUUGUCUCAUUCAUGGUCUGAAGGGCUGUAGAGGACUCGCACACAGAAAGAUGAAAAAGACAGUUUCAGAAAGUUAUUGAUGAACUUGUGGACAUACAUACAAGCGUGAAAGACAUUGCGUUUGUCAAUCGGUAAGAUGGAGUAUUUAGAAAAGAGAGGUGCAGAAGGUUCGUGUUUGCUGAAUCGUGAUAUCAUUCUUAAGAAUCUUUUCUGGAUUAUUAAUAUUUUCUUGAGGUAAGUUGUUUACAUUCAACACCACGAGUACCAGCAGUCACCAGCACCGUUUCAAGAUGGAGGCACUCUUAAAGUUGUUUUUUUUUUUUUUACAGUAUUGAAACACAUGAUCUCAUCAAAGGUAAAUAUAGAUCCGAGCUGUCUCAGGGUUUUGUCACAGAGCAGUGGGAAAGAAUUUUUAAACAAUUAAGAUCAAGUGUGUGUGUGUGUUUUUUGUUCGUCAUGAAAUGUUGCAGAAGUUUGCACGUAAAUAGUUCAGUAUUUAAAAGUAAGUGUCCAUUUUCACACUGAUCUGAGCUGGUUGGCUUAAUUUAGAAUUCAAUGAUUUUCAAAUUAUUUUGCACCUUGGUUUUUUGUUUUGCAAUGAUAAAGACUCACUUCCAGUUAUCACAAAUGCUUGAUUGUUGCUGCCAAGGGUGGGACGACCAGCUAUUAGGUUUAGGAGAUGAUGAUUUUUUAACAGGUAGAGCCAGGUUAGAUCGCUUUAUUCCCUUAAGCAAUGAAACCAUCAUUUUAAAAGUGCAUUUUUAUUUGCUCAGAUCAGCUUUGUCUGAGAUUCUAAUUUGUUUGAACAUCUGAAACAUAAUUGUGAGAAUAAAAAAGUAAAAACUGAAGUAAUCUGUGAGGGGGGAAAUACUUUUUCUCAGCUCUGUAUAUUCAGUAAAAUACUCCCCAAAGAUGUGAUAUUUAGUGUUCAAACUGAUGAACUCGAUUGUUUAUUUUUGUUAAUAUUCAUUCAUUUUGAAGUUGCUGUUGUAACAAAUUUCUAUUAAGUUGAUUGAGGAUCAAUAAAAGUCGGAAAACUGAGGACUGAUCCAAAAACUCUGGUGAACAGGUUAAUUGGAAAAAGGGUCAUGAUUGGGCAUAAAAGGACUAGGGCUGCAAAUCACUUGUGGCCGCACCAUACAAGAUCAUAACGAUAAGUGAGCCACCAUUCAAUAUUAUUGUGAUUUUGAACGUAUUGCGAUACAGUGAAUAUUGCAAUACCAUAAAUUGUGAUUUGCACAAUUUUUUUCAACAGUAUUUUAUUUUCAUGUUGCACUUCAUGCAAAACUCAUAUGUCAUGUCCCUCUCAUUUGUGCCCUACUUCUAUUCCUAAUGUCCAGUUGCCGUCAUGUUCGUUGUACGAACUUUCUCCUGCUCUAUGAUGUGACCUCUGCCAACCUCACUGGACAAACGAUUGAUUUUAUUUUUCCAUUAUCAUAGACUUGAGUUCAUAUUAGCAGUUAAUUUGAAGAAAUUGAUCCUUGGUGGAUGAGAUGAUAAAAUAUAUUACCAGACAAAAUAUCAUGAUACUGUGUUGUAUUGAUUUUUUCUACCACCUCUAAAAAGGAGCAUCCCAGAAAGACUCCUUCAUAAGCAAGACUGUGAACGAAUUCACCUCCAAAGCUUCAACAGUCAGUGUCCUCAGUUCACAAAAGCUUACUGAGUGUUUUUAAAGGAAAAGGUGAUGCAACACAGAGAGAAAAAUGACCCUGAACUAGGUUUUUAGGGUCAAGUUACAGCAUCUAACUCUAAAUGAAUGAACAAAAACAAACAAUUGUGUCUAUCAGUUUGAGCAUUAAACAUCUUUGUAGAGUAUUCAGUUGAAUUUAGUUAGAGAAGGAUUUAAAAAUCAUUGUCCUCUGUGUUUAUUUACACAACCUCCCAACUUCACUGGAGUUGGGGUUUGUAUAUAGAAGCAUUUUGGACCCCUGCGGUCUUUUAAACAUAUGACUUGAAAUGUGUGACAUUAGUAGCGAUAAAGGGAGUGCAAAGAGGAUAGCUGUAAUUGCAUAAACCUGUUUUUGAUUCCCAUUACUUACUCCUACUUACUGGGCUUACUUCUCAGCACUACCUGCCGCUGUUGGUAAAUGUAUGCACAUUUGUUUAUUCAAUAUUUUUUGCUUUUUUUUAAGUCAAACUUUGCAGAGCAGUUUGUGCAGGAGGGAAAUAAAGAUGAGAGUGUCAACAAGUCACUUGCAGCAGCUCACCAUAUUCACCACUGUGCUGACCGGUGGGGGGAUUGGCACCAUGUACUACCUCCAGCAGAGUGAGUACAGAUGAGCUCAAGUUAUGUGUUUUUCAUAGGAUGUGCUUGUUUUUUUAAAUUUUUUUUUUUUUUUUUUUUUUUUUUUUGCCUUACUCCUGGUACAGAUUCAGGCCCGGACUACACGUAUAUAGAUAUUUAUUUAUCGGGAUAUUUUUGUACUCCCGUCUAAAUGUAUCUGUCCACACGUGUUAGUUCUCAAAAAUAUCUGCGUCCACACGUAGCCUUCAAACUCAAUCCUAUCUGGUGCCGCUUAAAAAAAAAUUAAGGAACAAAGCUACCUGAUUGGCCGAUGAAUCGUAACAGCUUGAUGCAUCAUGCAUUGUUUGCAGAAGCUACGCUAGUGCGUCGGGUCCAUGUGACGGUGUCAUCUGCAGGCACAGCCCCUCUAACGAAGUUGUCCCACCACUUGCUGGUCCAACCGGGUUUGACCCAAAACUUACGCUUCUGGCGAACUCUAAAACGCCUAACAUUAACGUUACGAUUGCUCUCCAAUAAAAGUAUUUGGCACAGCAGACACCUCUGUGAGCUGGCUGACUGGUGGAUGUAAUUGUAUAAAACAAGGUUCACUUGCAAAAAGGGCAAAACAAACGUAAAGAAUACCCUGUAUGUCCGCCAUUGUUGUUGUUGUUUUUCUUUUUAAUUCGCAUGCGGUUUGACGUCAUCGAUCUGUAAAAGUUCAACCACACGAAUCCACUUAUACGGAUAAUAUUUUGUUUCUCCACUUGUUUUUUCGUAAUUAGAUUUAUCUGGUUAAGUUUUUCCUGCAUCUUUUUACAGAAACUCACCACUUAAGUUUUCUAAUUAAUGUGGUAAAAACAUUUACCCCACACUUGGCUCCAAAAUGUAAUCAAUUAUGUUUAUCACCUGAGCCAGCCCUAAUACCUGCUGACUGUAACAGACAAUGCUGAGAAUCGGUGUAUAGUGUGCCUGCUGUUGAUGACUGUUUGGGGUUUAUUAGGCUGCUUUGUGCAACAGAGGGGAGGUGUGUGUGUCUAAGAUGGGGAGUGGACCAAAGCUUAAUGGGCAGAUUGUGGUUUCCAUGAGGAAAUGAUGUUGAUAACAAAGCAGGAGUUCACACUGUUAAGCCACCUCUGCCAGCCAUAACAAGCAUAAAAAUAUGAUGAGUAUAAUUUCUGUGCCAUUUGAGAGGAAAAGUAAUGUAGAUGUGUGCUGAAAUGUGAAACAGAGUCGUUGGCAACAGAAUUAUAACCAAAUUGUGAGACCUGUGAAGACGCUGUGAAGAAGCCCCAUUUCAGUCCUGCCUUUAAUCCGAACACACCUUUGGAUAUUUCUGUGCUUCUGUCUGAUGUUUAGUGUGGUGUAAGGGUUUCAAAGAGUUCUGUCUCUAAAUGAUCACCACUUAUAUUCAUGUCAAAUAGAGAGUUUUUAAGGUUUCUUCUCUGUUCUCUCCUGGCAGAUAAAAACACAGCUCAUACUCUUAUCAACUUACAUUUUAACUUCUUUCAGUUAUGUAUCAAGAAGAGGGCUGAAAAGGCUGACAACCAUUGGAAUCUGAUGAUUUUAAUAUGACUGAUCCUCUGUCUUUCUGUUCUAUAUCAGAGAAAUUCAGUCAAUCAGAUUAUCAUCAGUUGGCUCUGCAGAAGUUAGAAGACUGCCCUGUUGCCAUGGAGAACCUUGGAGCUCCACCUUUAAAAGUGCACAACAUCCAUCUGACUGACAGAUACAACCGGGUAGAUCCGUACACUGCACAGGUAAAGUGGUGAAAUAUUCAGCAUAAAGAUUGUCAACCAGUCUGAUUGUUGAUUAGAGUACAGUCAGAAAAGACAAAAAUCUCUGAAGUGAUUUCAGUAAUGCUGCAUCAGCAACACUGAAAACUGCUCUGCAGCCUGUCUUCAGUAUGUGACUAAAAUAUAAAUGUUUGUUUGUUUGUUUGUUUCCAGAUUAAGAUCCCUGUUAGUGGAUCAAAAAAUGGAGGUUAUCUGUUCACAACUUCAAUCAGAGACCUAGAUACCAACAAGUAAGUAUGCUCCUGUCAUUCAGCAGUCUGGUGCUGUUAAUUCUUGAAACUCCUGUGAGGAACAUUCAUCUUGUGUUGUUUAUGGGACCCCCUAUAAACAAAAUAAAACAUAACUUAUUCAUGAGAGGUAUUUUUUUAAGUAUUACUCAUUUUAAGUAUUUGCAAUUUAAAAAAGGAUAAGGGAAGAAGACUCACUCCCAGUUAUCACAAAUGCUUGAUUGAAGGGUGGAACGACCAGCUAUUCAGGUUUAAGAGACAAUGACUUUUUCACAGGUAAAGCCAGGCUUGAUCGUUUUUUUCCCUUCAUAAAUGAAACCAUCAUUUAAAAAGUGCAUUUGUAUUUACUCAAAUUGUCUUUGUCUGAGAUUCUAAUUUGGAUGAAGAUCUUAAAUGUAAGUGUGAGGGACAAAAAGUAAAAACUAAAGUAAUCUGUGUGUGUUUGGGGGGGGGGUACUUUUCCUCAGCUCUGUAUAUUCAGUAUAUUCAGCCUCCUCAAAUACCUUUUCCCAUGAUUACGUGCACCUGUCUGUGAAGUUCAAUGCUUAAUGAGCUCAUCAAACCAAUUUUGUGUUCCAGUUAAUCAGGGUUAAGUAGUUACAGGUGUUUAGAUCAUUUCUGUGAAGACAGAAUAAAUUACUGUGCAGUCUCAAAGGGGUGCCCAAACUUUUUAAUGUGACUGUAUUUAAUGGUGGACAGGUCUGGACUGCAGGCGGGUCACUCUAGUACCUUGACUCUUUGAUUCUGAAGCCAUGUUGUUGUAACACAUGCAGAAAGUGUCUUGGCGUUGUCUUGCUGAAAUCAACAGGGACGUCUCUGAAAGAGACGGGACUCUGAUGGGAGCAGAUGUUUUUCCUAAAUCUGUAUGGCCCUUUCAGCAUUAGUGAAGCCUUUACAGAUGAGACAGUUAGCCAUGAACAUCAGCACACACCCAGACCAUCACAGGUGCUGGCUUUGACCUUUGACCUGAGAACUGUCUGGAUGGUCCUUUUUCUCUUUAGUCCAGAGGACACCACAUCAAUGGUUUCUAAAAACUGUUUGAAAUGUGGACUCACAGCAGACUUUCCCACUUAGGGUCAGUCCAUCUCAGAUGAGCUCAGGUCCAGAAAAGCCAACUGUGUUUCUGGCUGUUGUUGAUAUCUGUCUUUGUCUUUGCGUGGUAGAGUUUGAACUUGUAGAUUUAAAGAUGUACUGUGUUCACUGACAAUGGUCACUUAAAAGGAGAGGAGGUGUUUCAGUCUUUGUUGAAGCAGUUUUCACUUUAUUCAAAGAGAAGAUUUUGCCAAAAUUAGCAUUUAUAAAAUUACCCUAGAGUCCCUUCUUAUCAAAAUACCACGAAUCAACUUUAGAUUGGUGGGAAAAUUGUUACAUUGUGAUGCUUUUAUCAUCCUCCCGGUACAGAUCUAACUGUGUUCGAUGAUGUUUUGUCUUCCACUGUGUAGCAAUAAUAGAAAAACUUUCUUUCUUCUUGGUGACUUAAAUAUUGAUUUAUUUAACAGAGAAUCAAAUUUGACAUCUGAAUUCCUCAAUAUUCUUUGUGUAUCUUUAUCCUCUCAUUUACAGGCCUUCAAAAAAAGAAUGAAUCUGCAACUUUGACUGUUAAUGUUUUCACAAAUAUUUUAAAGAUAUUAUUAAGUCUGGGUUUUUGUUAACUCCAAUCGUUAUUCUAUAUUUCAGUUUUCCCUCACCAAAUUUGUCCACAAGAUAAGCAUAUUAGGCAGAUAAAGUAUUGCAAGUUUAAUAAGAAAAAUGAAAAUUUAUCCAAUGCCUUCAAUAAUAAAUGUUUUUCACUUCUUCAAAUCUAAAUGAAAUGUAAGCCCAAAAAGUAAAAGCCUUGGAUCACUCAAGGUCUGCAAAGAUCUUAAAUUAAACCAAAUAAGAUGUAUUUAAAAAGGGAUUGUCGGCCCAUUCCAUUGAAGCAAAUUAAAACACAACAACUACUUCACAAAAUGUUGAAAAAAAACAACUUGUUUUUUUGUAAAUAUAUGGUCCCUCCUUGGCAAAAGUCAUAAAACAUGAGAAUAAUUCCGGCCUCUCAAACAUCACAAAGCAGUAUCCCUGUUAAAGUCUGCUUGAUCCUCUUCCCUCAAGGAAAAAGCACAUCAUAGAGGAAAUGACAAAGUCUGCCGCAGGUCAGGAUGAGAUCAGAUUUCAUCUUGCUAAAAGGUAGCUCUUGUUUUGUAGGUUGUUCAUAACAUUUCUGCAAAUCUAGACAAUAAAAAACUGUCCAAAAAAAAAUCUUUUAACUUCCUUUAUUUAAGACUUCCCUUAAUCAAUCCACUCUGAUAUACAGAGGACCAUCUAUUUGAAACAAUUUACCUCCAUCUCUACAAUCAGUAUCUUCAUCAUCAUCUUUCAGAGAGCAUUUGAAAAGUUUACUCACUUCAAUUGAUCUCAGUUUUUUCCUUUUUAAAAGCCUGUAAGGUGAAGUGUUGUACCUGUACCACUGAAGACGUCACACUACCAUCACGUGACAUCUCUGAUGAAGGCUGCAGAGGCAAAGUAGCUGAAACUUGUCAGGUACAACACUUCACCUUACAGGCUUUUAAAAAGGAAAAAAAUGAGAUCAAUAUUCAUACGUAAGCCAAAUGAACCUCUUUAAUAUAUUUCUCACUUCAAGUUUUGCAGUACCUCUUGUCUUGUAUACAUAUAACUUUGUCAUUCUUCAUGUGUUGCUUCUUGCUUUGUCUCUUGUAUAUUCUUGUGGGGAGGCAUCUCCACAAGCCUUUUGGGGCUUCCAACCUCCCCUUUGCAAUGUUUAAGCAUGAACUUUUUUUUGUUUGUUGAUUUUUUUAUGAUGAACAAAUAUAAAAAAAGUGUUUGAUCAGUACUUUUUGUUUUGCAGCCUCUCUGACCUGUAUUUGUCUCCCCUGCAGGUGGAGUCUCAAGUUGGCAGUACUGAGGCUGCGGGAAGGACAAACCAUCAACCUGUUGGAUCCUCCACUGGCUCAAGAAACUACAAAGGACACACUGGGGCUGGACACAGAACACUGGAACUGACUAUCAGUAUUAUUUAUCAAUUAAUACACCAAGAGCACAAGUCUUCCUGCUUUAACGGAGGCUAUGUCCAGCUCUACUGAACUUGAAUCAAUGUUUAGCAGGUGUAUAUCAGACUCCAGCAGUGUUUGGAAGUGAGAGCAGGUACUCAUAAUUGUAUAGCAGGCUGAUCUGGAGUGUUUCUGUUUUUAUUAUAAUAUGUGGUCCGGAUAUGUUGUGCUGACUGUUUUACUCUUGAACCCAAAUAAAUCCCAAAUAAAUUCAGGCUGUGGUCUUUGAAGUCCCA